AUGGCAACCAAAUCGCCUGUUGAAUCGGUGCAAUGCUUCGGAAGGAAAAAGACGGCAGUGGCCGUGACCCACUGCAAGCGUGGGUCAGGUAUGAUUAAGCUCAACGGUUCCCCAAUCGAGCUUCUCCAGCCAGAGAUCCUCCGAUUCAAGGUGUUCGAGCCAGUGCUUCUCCUCGGAAAGCACCGUUUCGCCGGUGUCGACAUGAGGAUCCGUGUCAAGGGUGGAGGUCACACUUCCCAGGUCUACGCCAUCCGUCAGAGUAUCGCGAAGGCUCUCGUUGCUUUCUACCAGAAGUAUGUGGACGAGCAGACGAAGAAGGAGAUCAAGGAUAUCUUGGUCCGUUACGACAGGACCUUGCUUGUGGCGGAUCCGAGGAGGUGCGAGCCGAAGAAGUUUGGUGGACCUGGUGCUCGUGCUCGUUUCCAGAAGAGUUACCGUUAA